AUGAAAAGAUUUUUUGGUUCUAAAGCCCCACCAGCUCCAACAUUAGACGAAGCUACCAAAAGAAUUGAUGGUAGAAUGGGUCAAAUGGAUGAAAAAAUCAAUAAAUUAAAUCAAGAAUUACUUGCAUAUGAUAAACAAAUAAAAUCAACUAGACCUGGUCCAGCACAAAAUGCAAUUAAACAAAAAGCAAUUAGAGUUUUACAACAAAAGAAAAUGUAUGAGAGACAAAGAGAUCAAAUGGCAAACACAUCAUUUAACAUGGAGCAAACUAAGUUUGCAACAGAGUCAAUGAGAGAUACAAUUACAACAGUAGCAGCAAUGAAACAGGGUGCUAAAGAUAUGAAGCAGCAACUCAAACACAUUAAAGUUGAAGAGGUAGACGAUAUGCAAGACGAAAUGCAAGAUUUACUCGAUUAUAAUAAUGAAAUUCAAGAGUCACUUGGAAGAGCAUACCAAACUCCAGAAACUUUAGACGAAUCUGAAUUAGAGGCAGAAUUAAUGUCAAUGGGCGAAGAGUUAGAAUUAGAAGCAUCAAUGCCAUCUUAUUUAAUGGCACCUUCUGCUCCAACCACCGAUCCCCAUAGUGCCGCUCAAGUUGAUGAAUAUGGUUUACCUGAAGCUUCUCAAAUUGUAAAUUAAAAUAAUAAUAAUAAUAAAAUAAUAAAUAAUAAAAUAACAAUAAAAUAAUAAUAAAAUAAUAACAACAAAACAAAUCAAUGAAUAUGGAUAGAAUUUAAAAUAAUUUAAUAUUUUAUUUUUAGUCGCAAACCAAAACAAAUUUUAAUUGUAAUCGUUAUUAUAUUUUUAAUAAAUAUUUAUUUUAAAAAAAAAAUUG